AUGCUGAAUAAGUCGAAAACUACAUCUGAACUAUUGAACAAAAACUCAAAGAAACCAAUAGAGCAUGGAGUGGCGAGAAAGAAGUUUACAGCGUUGCAGGAUAUUGAAACGGUUUUAAACGAUCUUGAAGUCAAAGGUUCGCAAGAAGAUAAUGCGAAUAGUAGUGGUGGAGUUCGUAGAGUCUGCAACUGUAUGGCAAGGCGACAUCCAUUAUUCGAAGUGGCCCCAAAUUGCUUGAAUUGUGGCAAAAUCAUUUGUGCAAAAGAGGGUUUGCAGCCAUGUUCCUUUUGUGGGCUGGAUAUCAUCCCAUCAGAGGAAAAAGACGCCAUUGUGAGAUUGCUUAAGCAAGAAGAAAAUGAGUUACGAAAUCCACUGUUACGUGCCGACAAACAAGUAAAUGGUGCUAGUACUCCAAAGGCAAAGAAAAAGAUUGUGGUGAAAAUGAACCCAGGAGAAAAAUUUUGGGAGGCGCAAGAUCGUGCUUUCAAGUUGGCUGAAAAAGAGUUGAGCAACCGUGAAAAAAAUCCUUUGGAGCAAGAAACUGAGUCAGAAAUAACACCGGUUACAUUUCCCGAGAGGUCAGAUACAUCAAGAUUGUUGAGCAAAGACAGCAAAAGCAUUGAUGACGAUUUGGUGCUGGCGCAAAAGAAAUUGGAAACAUUGCUUAGUUACCAAAAUUCAAGCGAAGAAAGAACACGGAUCAUUGAUAAUGCCUCCGACUUUGUACAACCAACGCAAUCUAUAUGGCUAUCUCCUGAAGAGAGAGCUUUGAUGUUGAAGCGCCAACAAAGGCUUGCUAGAGAAGAAAAGAAGGAAGAAGAUAGAACACGGCGCGGGGAAAAGCAAAUGGAAAUGAUAAUCAAGGAUGGAAAAGUGAAAAUGGUGGAACGAUAUAACCCGGUAAAAGAGGAUAUUUCUAAAGAAGAGCUUCGAUUAGAAGAAGAGGUGAAUAUGGCCAGACGGAAUCGAAAAACCGGUGAGGAGCUGCUAUGGGAUUAUGAAGCCGAUAAAAAGAAAUGGGUGAAACCCGUUUACUUUUCGGACAGAAAUGAAAACGAAACAACGACUAAUGCAGCCAGAGUGCCAGAUAGCUCUAAACAGAGAGUUCAAACUACGCAGAAUGUGGAUUCAACUGAAUUAAUAGUUUCCUUGUUGUGA